AUGAGUGCCAAAAAGGAAACGAAAGUACAGGAAUACAAACAAACAGAUUCCGGGUAUCUGUCUGGACUUCUCAGCGAGGAAUUGUCGGGAGAUAAAAUUGUUGAAGCCAGUGACAGUGGAAUUUUGAGUGAACAGAUAGACAGUGGUUUGGACCUCACGGAAAGGCUGUCUGAUGUGAGGAUUAGUGACACGAUUGAGACGCAGCUACCAAGGAUCCAAGUAGAGACGGAGAGAAGUCAGGAUUACCCACCUUUUCAAAUAUUGUUCGAACAAGACGACGAUGGCGAUACACAACUUCACAUUGCAUCAGUUCACGGCUGUGAGAAGUCAGUGGGCACUAUCAUCAAAGUGUGUCCAGAGAAAUCAUGGCUAGACAUGCGAAAUGAUUAUGGUCACACUGCAUUACAUUUGGCAGUGCUAAGUGGCAAUGCAGUAGUCACACGAAUGUUGGUGAUUGCUGGAGCGAGUGUAGCCCUCCGGGAUGGCAACGGGGACACCCCUGUUCAUUUAGCUGUAGCUACAAAUAACAAAGACUGCCUUCAAGCGUUGCUAGCGCCAGUACAAGACCAGCCUCAGGCGAAUUUGCCCUCCGUGCUCAAUCAAAAAAAUUAUAAUGGUCAGAUGUGCGUCCACCUGGCGGCGUACGCGGGCCAAAUGGAUCUCCUACGCACCCUGGCCAACCAUGGGGCCAACAUGAACGCUGGGGAGGGGUUAGCAGGCUGGACGCCGCUGCACAUAGCGGCGAGGCGGGGCGACGGGCGGCUGUGCUCCUCGCUGCUGCAGCGCGGCUGCGAUCCGUACACUCGGGACUUCGCCGGGCGGACGCCGCGACGAUUCGCCGUGGGCACGGGAGCCGCACACGCCUUCGCCCCGUACACCGGCGAAGACUCGGAGUCGGACAGCGACGAGGAGAUGUACGACAGCGACAUCGAGAGCCUGUUUGAAAAAUUUAGAGACAACACCAAUGCAAUCAAUGUCGCC